GUUUUGAGGUGGAGCCUCAGACUUUUUUCUGUUGCUAUUGAAAUUUUAAAAAGGCUUAAAAAUUGGUGAAAAAGGUCGCCAACAUAGUGACCUACUCUUUCUUUUAUCUAGUCUUUGUUUGCUCAAAGGCUUAAAGGGUCGUGAAACCGGACUUUACCAAACAUUAUUCCUCCAUUUUAUCAUUGCUUUUGGCGUGCGUGAAGCAGACAACUCUGUGUAUAAAUAAAGACAGAAACACAGUUUGGUUAUCAGUCUCUCUGUUUAUUUGUCUCCAUCUCUCGUUAAACUCAUCAUGAUAGUUUUAUCCAAAAUUGCAGGUGGACUCAAACGAGUCAAUCAUGCUGCUGUUGCUGUAGAUGGACACAUCUACUGUUUCGGUGGCUAUUUAGGUACCGAGGAUUAUAGUGAAGAGCGACCCAUCGAUGUCCACACAUUGGACAUGACAACAUUAAAAUGGGAACAGCUCGAAUACUACGAUGGAGGAAACCCGGCUAAUGUUCCAUUUAUCAGAUAUGGUCAUUCUGUAGUGGCACACAACAACAUUAUUUAUCUGUGGGGUGGUCGCCGAGGCGAUGUAGCAUGCAACAAAAUUUUUAUGUUUGAUACAAAUACACGCUCUUGGUUAGCCAAUGAAGUUACAGGAACGAUUCCAGGAGUUCGAGAUGGUCAUGCUGCUUGCAUAGCUGGAGGAUUCAUGUAUAUUUUCGGCGGUUUUGAGGAAGCGAGACAAGAAUUCUCUGAUACAGUUUUCCGUUUUGAGUUGGAAACUCUUACUUGGACAGCUCUUCCAGAGCUCACUUCCAACCUACUGAAAAAAGAUUACCUCACAUGUGUGGAAAUAAACAAUAGAAUUUAUCUUUUUGGUGGCCGCUCAUACUCGUGUCCUUUUUAUGACAGUAAUACCUUGGAACUAGACCUCACGAUGAUGACUUGGUCGACUCCAGAUGUAGUUGGAUUCAAGCCACUUGGCAGAAGGAGCCAUACAGCUGUAGUUGUCAAGAACAAAAUGAUAAUAUUCGGUGGCUACAAUGACAUUACUGACGAGCAUUAUGAUGAUAUUGCUGUCUUCGAUCCCAAAACCUACGAAUGGGAGCCGAUUACUAUUCGUGGUGGGGGUCCAACUGCUCGGCGCCGACACUGUUGUGUUGCCGUCAACUCGUUUCUCUACAUUUUCGGAGGAAGUUGCCCAUUGCCAGAUGCCACUGACGCUGAUGUACACAAGCUAAUGGAAUUGGAUGAUUUAUAUGUCAUCGACACCAACGAAAGCUUGCGAUCCAUGUCUUUACAAGUGAUAUUGGAUCACCAAUUAAGCACACGUACACUUACUACUGCACUUGCACGAGAAGUGCAAUUUUAUAGAUCAGAAAACGAACUCAGCAGCCAGCUCGAUAAGCUGAAUGUUGAUGAUCAUUAAUCCAAUUGAGCCUAAUUUUCAAUUUCUGUUAAAAAUUUAAUACUUUUCUAACUUAAAUUUAAUAAAUAAUUUGGUCUUGA